AAACGCAUUCGAGAGCUUUCCCUAAUCCACCUUCUCACUUCUGAUCCUGACCUCAACCCCGGCACCGCCGCCGUCUCUCUCUCUCUCUCUCUCUCUAACCCGCUUCUCCACCUCCCUCUCCUCGGCUGCUCUCCGCGCGUCCACCGGGUCUACGCCGCAUCGGAUUGGUUAGUCGGCACUGGUGAGGUCGCGCGGGGUACCGUCGGUCGAUGGCGGAGCUUGUGGGGCCGCGCGUAUACAGUUGCUGCACUUGCCGGAACCACGUCUGCCUCCACGACGACAUCAUCUCCAAGGCCUUUCAGGGGAGGAAUGGCCGUGCAUUUCUGUUCUCUCAUGCCAUGAAUGUAGUUGUGGGGGCGAAGGAGGAUAGGCAGCUUAUGACAGGGCUACACACAGUCGCUGAUAUCUACUGUAAUGAUUGCCGUGAGGUGUUGGGCUGGAAGUAUGAGAGAGCAUAUGAAGAGACACAGAAAUACAAGGAAGGAAAAUUCAUAUUCGAGAAGUCAAAGAUUGUCAAAGAAAACUGGUAGUAUCCAAGUUGUCACUCACCAAAUAUUCUGGUGAAGAUGAAUUGGUCAUUGUUACAUGGCAGUAUGCUUUUGGAUGUUUGUGUCCCUGUAAAUAGCCUUCCUCGAUGGAUUGCAGUGCUAAGGCGCCUCAUGUUCUCGCCUUAGAAUUGUAAAACACACUUAUUCCUGUUCAUUUGUGUGAAUAAGAUACUGCAUGUGGUUUUUUGGUAUGGAAUUAUGGCCUCUAAUGUGCA